AUGAGGCAGAGAAGAUGGCUUGACCUGAUGAAGGAUUAUGACUGCACCAUCAAUUAUCAUCUAGGCAAAGCCAAUGUUGUAGCCGAUCCCUUAAGUAGGAAGAUAAUGGGACCAGCAAUUGCAGCCCUUACCACUCAACACCAGUUGUUAAUGGAUCUAGAAAGAGUCAGUAUUGAGGUCAUCACUAGUGAUACAAGUACCUUUGUGGCUAGUUUGUUUGUGCAACUAGCCUUGGUAGAUAGAAUUAAAGCUGCUCAGAAAGUGGAUUCAGGGUUGGUGAAGCUAGUAGAAGAAGUUGGGAAUGGAGAAAAAUCUGACUUUAGCAUUUUCGAGGAUGGAGCUUUGAGGUUUAGAGGUAGAUUGUGCGUGCCAGCUAAUGAAGAACUAAAAAGGAGCAUCAGAGACCAACAAGGUUGUUACAGCCACUUCAGAUUACAGCAGGAUUUUGUAUUAGGCCUACCAAGGACUUUGAUUGGACAAGAUGCUAUUUGGGUGAUCGUUGACCGCUUAACGAAGACUGCUCGUUUUGUGCCUAUUAAAGUUUCUUACAAGCUGGAUAAGCUAGUUGAACUUUAUGUGCAGGAGAUAGUGAGCUUGCAUCGGGUACCGGUAUCCAUUGUAGCGGAUAGAGACCCCCUAUUCACUUCCAUGUUUUGGCGAAGCUUACAAGAGGCAAUGGGUACUAAGUUGAACUUCAGUACUGCUUUUCACCCUCAAACAAAUGGACAGUAA